UAAAUUUAUUAAAAAUGAGAAUAUCUAUUAUCCUCAGUUGCUUACUAGUGAUGGGAUUUUCGAAGUUGAUAGUUUAUAAUCCGAAGAGACUUAAGACAAAGUUUGGGAAAGAGGAAGAUGGGACUAUUGAAGCAUCCUUGGCUAAUUUUGGACAUACGCCGUAUGGGCAUUCUAUUAUUGGCAAUGUGUUCUACAAUGUAAAUGAGUCUUCUGGUUGCGAAGAAUUCACUGAACUUGAAGUGACUGGAGAGAAGGACCCAGACAACAUCCCUUCUCCAAUAAUUCUUGUAGAAAGAGGUGGCUGUUCCUUUGUAAAGAAGGUGAGGAAUGUUGAGCAUGCUGGAGGGGCCCUUGCUGUCAUCAUAGAUGACAAAGAAGGUGAAAUGAUGGACCAUAUCAUUAUGGUCGAUGAUGGUACAGGUGCAGGCAUCAAUAUACCCUCAAUGCUCAUUAGCAAGAGAGAUGGAAAGAUUCUGAAAAACCAAUUAGCUAUUUGCUCAGAAAGCGAGGAUAUUGACUGAAUCUCUCUUCUUGCAACUUUCGAGCUCCCUCAUCCAGAUAAUAGAGUCGAAUAUGAGCUUUGGUAUAGUAGCUCUAAUGAUCAAGCUAUCGACUUCCUCGUAGACUUCCAAGAACACCACUCUGAAUUCAAAAAGGAUGUUCUCUUUACUCCAAGAUUUGUAGUAUGGGGUUGUCCAGAGUGUGACCAAGAACUCAAAGGGCUUCAUUGCUUUGGAGAUGGGAAAUACUGUGCUUAUCAUCCUGAAAAUCCUCUCAACAAUGGACAAGAGAUAUUGUAUGAAGACCUGAGAGAGAAAUGUUUACACAAUAAACUCCAGAAACAAAAUAAAGAAGGCCUCUGGUGGGACUAUAUGUACUAUGUUCAUGCAAACUGCAGACAAGACAUAAACAGAGACUGCUCAAAAAGAGGAAUAGAGUCUCUCGAUAUAAAUUUUGAAGAGAUUGAGGAGUGCGUAAAUGAUUCAUUCUUUGGAUCAGAUCACACAAUCGCCAAAAAUUCAAUGCUGCAAAGAGAGAAAGAAGAUUGGAAGAACAAUGGACCUCAUUUCUUCCCAGCAAUUAUUAUCAACAAUGUCACUUACAGAGGAUUCUUAACUCCAGAUAAUAUCUUCCAAGCAAUCUGUGAAGGUUUCAAGAAGCAUCCGAAGGAGUGCAAGUCAAUUAUGGAUGCAAACUCACAUGCAGGCAAUGGAAUUAGCCUCAGAACAAUGGUUUUCAUAGUUGCUGCUAUCCUUGCUUGUAAUCUUAUUCUUCUCCUCUUAUACAGAAGAUACUACAAGAAAGAAAUGCAAUCAGAAGUGAAAAUGGCAGCUCACUCAGCGGUCUCUCAAUACUUCGCGAUCAAGAAUAGCGAAAGAGAAAUGGAAGCACCAGGGAUUUAA